AUGCAGAAUAGCAUUACACAUUUGGGUCUUAUGAUGAAAGAUGGCUCCAAGUUUCAUAUAGCUUUAAAGAAAUGCAUAUACCAAUACGAUGUGGAAGAUGAAUUCGAGACAACGUGGUAUAAUUUGUUGAAUGAGUAUGAUAUCAAGGAUAAUGCAUGGUUGCAGCGCAUUUAUGGUCUUAAAAGUCAAUGGGCGAAGUGCUAUAUGAAAAACUCAUUCACAAUAGGCAUUCAAAGUACACAGCUCAGUGAGAGUCUGAACAGUGACUUAAAGGACUAUUUGAAGUCAACUUUGGAUGUUGUGCAAUUUUUUAAACAUUUUGAGAGAGUUCUUAACCAGAAGCGUGGUAAUGAAUUAAAAGCUGAAUUUAAUGCACGAAACAAGAUGCCACGACUUGCAAAUUCAAUGUCAAUUGUACAGAAACAAGUUGGGGAACUCUACACUCCUGUAAUUUUUCAAUUAUUUCAAGAGGAAUAUAAUUGGAUAAAUGUUUGCACCAUCAUAGGCCAAACUGAUGGAAUGCCCUUCUUAAAUUUUCGGCUUGGGAUUUUUGAAGCAAACUAUGAGUAUAAAGUAUGUUGUAACCCACUUCAAGGAAUUGUAGCAUGUAGUUGCAUGAAAUUUGAGGCAAAUGGUAUUCUGUGUUGCCAUUGUUUGAAAGUUUUUGAUGUGUUAGAUAUAAAGCGUAUUCCUGAACACUAUAUUUUGAAGAGAUGGACACGGGGAGCAAGAACUAUGGUGGUCAAUGACAGUAGAGGGAAAGAAGUUGAACAAGAUGUCAACUUGGAUUGUACGCAACGGUAUAAGCGUAUUUGUCCUGAACUUAUUCAAAUAGCAUCAGAAGCUUCAAAUACAAUUGAGGGAUACAAUUUGGUGAAACAUGUUGCGAAUGAAUUAAGGUUGAAGCUUGGUAAUAUUAGAAUCAACACAAUUGAUUGCCCUAAUAUGCCAAUAUUGCCUGAUUUCUCCGAUGAUGUAUACAAUGGAUUACAUUUGAAGCAUAAAGAGAAAAGUACAAGAGGUGGUAGACGUUUUGAGGAUGGAAGUGGAGCAAUGGAUAAUUAUGCAAAUGACUUGUAUUUGGAAUCUUCGGCUAAAAAAUCUCUGUCCAGUUUGAAUAGUGACCAUGAAAUGGACGAGACAUCUCUUGAGGUUUGUACUGCUGCUUCAAGUUCAGUUAGAGAAAAGUCAGAUGGAGCAAAUCAUGCUGGUUUUGAAAUUUCGCCAAUCCUCAGCAUCCAUCUUUCUUAUCUCACUUCUUGGGAGUUUUUAGCCUAUAUAGAAGAUGGUAAACCCCUGAAAUCGAUGGUAAAUGCUAAGGCUCUUCUGCUUCUUAAUUCAGAAUGUCCUAAGAUUAAUCCAUUUUAA